AAAAGUGCGAUCAGUGCUACCUCGACACAGUAGCCGCAACCAACAAAGUGGUGUGGGAUAAGCGCGCGUGCGAUUUUUUGCCAUUCGAUAGUGGAAAACUGGUAGUCGUCGUAGUUAUUUAUAAAUAGCAAGAAAUAAAAACCAAGCUAAAAAGAAUAAAUAAAAAAAGAUGCGAGUGCAUAAAUAAAAGCAGUUAAAUACCUACAUACUUGUAUGUAGUUGAUAGAGAAAAAAAUUCUGUGCAAAUUACACUUGCGGGUAUUCGUUUAUAAGAAAUUUGUAAUUACUAAUUACACGAGUAGUGAAAAAGUAAUGCGAGUUGUGUUUGUUAUUUCAAGCCAUCGCUACUGAAUAUAAAAGUGGCAACAAGCGUUCGCAGAGUAGACGACGAGCAAGAAAACGCGUGAAGAGAACUUGCAAUUCAGGCUGAGCUGGAGUGCAGAGCGACAAGAGCUUAAGUUAAAAUGAUGCGGGGGAUUUUUCUUGUUUUUCUAAUCGGCUAUGUGACGGCGCACUCGCACCAAUCAUCUUAUGACUUACAAGAGCAACAACAACAACGACCACAGCAGCAGCAAGGCCAGUAUGAACAAGCGUACCCUCCAUUGAAUAGCCAAACACAAGGAGUACAGGAACCAAGGCAGCAACAAACGUUGCCAAGGCUUUCGAAAAUGUCGGACAUUUUUGAGGGGUUAGGCAAUUGCCUAACAAGUAUUUCACAUAGAUCACAUUCAACACAAAUGGAGCCCCGAGAUAUUGACGAGUCUUCACCAACACUGCAACCAGAUUCCAAGCCAGCAACGCGGAAUUCUAAACAACGUCCGUUACUGAUACAAGCGCAACCACCUCCUUCGGCAACAUACCGUCCAGUUCGUAAACCGAUUUGGAGCACUACCACUCCCGCUUAUUAUGAUGGCAUGUUCAGUAGCAAUGUUAACUCAUUCGCUGAUGGCGCCUCCACUGCAGACGCAACUGCUGGUAUGGCUUCAACCCACAAUUCCCACAACAACUUCAGCGCCGAUCUUUUCCAGCUCAUAGCCGGCUCACGGCCACAACAUAACAUUGUUUACUCACCUAUUUCGCUACAAAUGCUAUUAGCUUUCGUCUACACCGGCACAAGCGGCCAAACUGCACGCCAACUGCAACGCGCACUUUCACUGCCCGACACUCCAGAGUCCACCGCACAACUUUUCCUCAACUUUCUGCAAAGACACUUGAUCACCGACAAGACUCAGCUUGUGAUGGCGAAUAAAAUGUAUCACAGCCACCGGCUGACGUUGCAACCAAACAUUCAGCAAUUAGCACGCUCUUUCGCUAGCGAUAUCGAAGCAAUAAACUUUGCCAUGUCAUAUAGAUCUGCGGCGGCCAUAAAUGAAUGGAUUGCACAAAAAACGCAAAAUAUCAUAACGGAAUUGGUUACGCCAAGCGAAUUUGAUGAGCAAACGCAGGCGAUACUCGUCAGUGCCAUACAUUUCAAGGCCAAGUGGGCGAAGCCAUUCUCCGCUGAGGAUACGGAACAACAAAAUUUCCAUGUGACGCCAAGUCGGACGUUGCCCGUCGAUAUGAUGUACAGCGAUGACACUUACAGUUAUGGUGAAUUUCCGGACUUGGAUGCAAGAGCUUUGGAAAUGAAGUAUGAAAAUUCGAAGAUGUCAAUGCUGGUGUUGCUUCCGAAUAAAUUGGACGGCUUGGCGGCUAUGGAACGCCGAUUGCAACGCAUCGAUUUGAAUAAGUUAACGUCAUUGAUGAAAAUGGAAUCGGUGACGGUACGAAUGCCAAAAUUUCGCGUGGAUUUCGAGUGGGACUUUCAGGAACCGUUGAAAGAACUUGGCGUUACUCGUCUUUUUACUAAGAGCGCGGAAUUAAAUGGCUUCUUCCACAACCAACAGGUUGGUGUGUCACAACUGCGACACAAGGCAUUCCUCCAUGUCAACGAAGCUGGCUCUGAAGCAGCGGCAGCAUCAUUUAUCAAACUAAUACCGCUCUCGCUGCCCAACCGUGUUAUUCGCUUCACAGUAGACCGUCCGUUCGUGUUUGCUAUUCGCAGUUCGGAGGCUGUAUUUUUCAUUGGACAUGUGGUUAAUAUAUAAGUAGUAAAAAUAUACCCACAUGUGGAUUUAAAUGCAUAUUUUUCCAAGACUUAUAUACUUAUACUUUUACUACUUCUAAAAAGUUUAUACAUAUUUGAAUUAAAUUUAUUAUUUUAU